AGAGAGGGGGGAGGGGUUAGUGUUGGGGGAUAAACGAGAGUUUGUCAGUGAUGUCACAGCGAUGGCCGACCGUACAGAUUGGCAACAUCAACCUCAGAGUCAAACAUCAUCUGUGAUAGAUCUUGAUGAUAUGGAAGUUAUAGACAAUGAUGCUUCCGACUAUGAGAGUGAAUUCAGAGAUUCUAGGAAAUCGGAUGGAGGAAGAUAUUCUAAGAACGAGGAUGAUAAUGAAGACGUUCGUCAGAGAAUGGGCCAACAUGUCACUGAAAUUAUGUGGCAGGCAGGUAAGCAGCAAGCGAAGAAAGCAUGGAACCUUUAUGGCAACAUUGAUAUUUUGCGUCCAUAUUUUGAUGUUCAACCAUAUGAAGUAAGGAACAGGUUAAUAGAGUCUCUUAUUCCUCGGAAGGCAAGUGUUCAAGUACAGAGUAUUCCAAGGGAACUUUACGGUCCAACAAUGGUCAUUUUUACCCUUAUAGCUCUUCUGCUGUUCCAAAUGAAGUCCUCAGGACAUCAAGUGCAAGAAGGCACUCUAAUGGGCACAUCUUUCUUGGUUUGUUUCUCCUAUUGGUUCGGUGCUUCUAGUGCAAUUUUCCUUUUGUCCUAUCUCUGUAAUAUCCAGGUCACUAUGAUACAAGUCCUUUCUAUGCUGGGCUAUGGAUUGUUUGGCCAUUGUAUUGUUGUAUUUGUGAGCACUGUAACACACACGUCCCACAGUCACAUCCUGUUUUAUAUGUUAUGGGCCCUAGUUGGUGGCCUCUCAACUGCACGAAUGGCCUUUGUUAUACUCUCCAGAACAUCAGGACACUCUCAACGAAUAAUUGUCUGUUCAGCUAUUGCUAUUCUUCACCUUGCUUUCCUUUUGUACUUACAUUUUGCAUACCAUCAGACAGUUGAAGAAUUCUCAGAAGUGUUUGACAAAGAAAUAUCAAGACCUGUUGCAGAAGAUGUCCUCCAUCUGAAAUUUGUCCGGGACAUAGGAAUGGAGCAGCACAGCAUCAAACAUCUAAACCAGUCUCCUAAACAAUACAUAAAAUCUGCUGCCAUUGAUAAACUAGAUAGUGGUGUUCAGGCACCAGUUCUGAAUAUACCACAGAAUGUUCUUAACGUUCUCAAUACAACAGUACCUGCAAUACAAGCGGCGGGUAAAUCGCUCUUGAAAGCAGCUAUCGCCAGUAAGACAAACAACAGCGUGGCCAUGUAGUGUUUACUGCUACUACUACUACUUCUACUACAAAUGCAAGCAAACAACAAG